GCGCUUGAAAUACAAGAUACGCACUGACCAAAUUUACUUCUUAAAUACUUCGCUUCUCCGCCUACGUAGCAGGGAAUUGGCUAGACAAUUCGAAAUCAACCUCAGCGUUUCGCUUCCCUUGCAGAAUCUACUAUCGGCUCGAGCUGGUAGAAGAUAUGUCACCUUGGCUUCUCCAGGAUCACGGCGAGGACCUCCAGUCCUUGCAAGAUCGCAAAGACGCAACUUAUAGAGAAAAACUCGAACCACCUCACGUGAUGGGGAUCAGUACGGAGUCCCCUGAGGUUGUUCUUCGGGAAGCAUAUGUUUCCGCAAAAGACGUAGCUGUUGAACGGCCACUACACCUUUCCAGCACCCCGCCCGUCAACUUUGCCGUGGUUCUUCCCGGCUUAUAUCGAAGUGGCUACCCAGAGGCUGAGAAUUAUCCGUUCAUGCGGACUCUUAAGCUCAAGACUAUUGUCACCCUUGUCGGGAAGGAUCUCCCCGAUGGCUAUCAGAAAUUUAUUGAGGCGAACCAUAUCAAACACGAAAUAUUCGACAUGGCCGGUACGAAGAAGGCCGAGAUCCCUGUCAAGACCAUGCAAUCAAUUAUCUCUAUCGUCAGCAAUCGGGAAAACUAUCCCCUACUCAUCCAUUGCAAUCAGGGAAAGCACCGGACAGGAUGUGUUGUCGGUAUACUACGCAAGACUAAAGAAUGGGACACGGCCAGCAUUAUUCGAGAGUACAGCAAAUAUGCGGAGCCGAAGGUUAGAGAGACGGACGUCAAGUACAUUACCGACUUUAAGAGAGCCGAUAUUCCGAGAGUCGCACCAAGGCUGACCGGGGCGCCGUACGAUGUGCGGACGUUUUAUGGCAUGGUGAUGCUGGCAUCCUUCACCUUGUCAGUUUGGAUGUACUCGGGCGCCAGACUCCUAAUACUCGCGACAUAAUUAUCGAUGGCGCCGCCACUAUGAUUUGAACAUAUAGGAGGAAAAUCGGAAUAUAUAAGCUCCAAUACGCUUAAAUUUCGUAUAGAAUUGGAGCAUCGCAUCUGGAGGAGAGGGAGGAGAAGGAAGAGAGGGAGGAAAAGGGAGGAAAAGGGAGGAGAGGGAGGAGAGAGGAGAGGGAGGAGAGGGAGGAGAGGGAGGAAAGGGGUCGAGAUUUGGGAAAACAAUUGCACCAUAUGAGGCGUUGAGGAAAAAAUUGAUGUCAUUUCCGCGGGUUCGAGAUACAGGGGAUUUGCACAGGCGGUCGGUUUAGGAGACGAUCAAGAGCUGAGGUGUCUCCCGGCGUUCGAUUAAGGGUUACUUCCGACGGACAACAACUCCGUCGCAUCUUUGAUUUAUUUUCUUUUGUCCUAGGGGUUUGUGGUUUCGGGAAUUCGUCAGGAUCCAAAUAAUUAAUAGAAUUGGAGGUGCCUGGUUACAGCUAGGAUGGGUUAGACAGAUGAUUAAAGAGUGCGGUGAAGCUUAAUAGAUACACUCGCAUCCGGAAUUAUCCUUCA